AUGUCCAAACUUUUUGUACACGGCCUGUCAUGGCACACUAAUGAUGACACUCUCCGCGAGGGCUUUCAGCAAUUCGGCGAGAUUCAGGAAGCCAUUGUGGUCAAAGAUCGUGCCACGCUACGUAGUCGCGGAUUUGGGUUCGUGCGAUUCGCAACUGAUGCUGAGGCUGAUGCUGCCAUGAAUGCCAUGAACAACCAGGAAUUUGAUGGACGGGUCAUUCGUGUUGACAAGGCAUUUGACCGUCCUAGCCGCCCUGACGGUGGAUUUCAAGGCCGCGGUGGAUACAACCAGCAACCUCAAAGCGGAUAUCAGGGUGGUGGUGGUGGUGGCUACGGCGGCGGCGGUGGUGGAUACAACCGCGGAGGAGGAUAUGGUUAUAACAACUAUGGCAACGGAGGCGGCGCUGGCGCCAGCGGCGGAGGCUACGGCGGGAGUGCUGGUGCUGGCGGAGGUGCUGGUGCUGGCGCUGGUGGUGGUGGAUAUGGCGGCGGCUAUGGCGGUGGUACUAACGCUGGCUAUGGUGGUGGUGGCGGCUGGCGAAACAAUAACCAACCCCCGGCCCCAUCUGAGGGCAACUAA